AUGGCUACUACAAGACUUCGCAAAGCGUUUCGCUACCCUGACGAUUCAGGCGAUGAUGAACAGGGCCGAGAAGAGCUGGACGAAGAAGAACAAGACCUCGUCAUUAGACAAUUGCAGGCAAAGAAUGACAAGCGGAAUUCUGAGUAUACUGUGAACACUUCUCUAUCCUCGUUGACAUUGUCAACGCAGAAAUCAGAGCUAAACAUGACGGUGCAUGUAGAUCAUCUUCUCGGUCAUUCCCCUCUUGUCAGCAAUGAUAUACGUCCCACCGAUUAUCUCAAGCUCAUCGACUUUACCUGA